UUCGAUAAUCACACUUGAUCUCCGCAAGCAACAAGAGCCAACGAGCGGCUUGGCGGCCAGACUAGGGCGCCAAUAACUUUUAAACUAUAUCGCUGCGCACUGGCCCAAACCAUUCCUAACGGAUCUCUUUGGAAUCCCUUCCUUCGAGUAACAAAUUCCUGGUGGGAGACCUUAAAGCCCGUUUACAUUGCUAUGCAGCCAGUAGUAGCCGUAGCAGCCAGUAGUAGCCCCUUCUUCAUUGAUAUCGUAUAACAAUCUAACAUCAUGUCGCGCUCUUUAUAAAUUCAUUAAAUAAUCUUGUAAUUUAUUUAAUGCUUGCUUCUGUACUAUAAACUUGAAAUUUGUAUAAAAUAGGUCUUCCUGUAAAACACCACAAGGGAAAACAUGUUUUUUAAAUGUUAGAGUGAACCACAUGAAUAGAGUGAACUGGUACUCCAUUUAUAUAUGAAGUUAUCGUUCUUGUUUACAAGAAUAUAGUGUUCUUGCCAGUCUAUGCUGCUGAUAAUAGUUCAAUAAUGUCAGAUGCAUUUGAAGAGAUACAAGCAAUUAAAAUAAAGAGAAAUAGUUUGAGAGAGAAACUGCAGAAGAGGAAACGUGAACGACAUGAAUUAUUUACUCUUACCUCUACUUCAUCCACAUCCUCGGGAAUGGAGUCUCAUACGGCUGAGUCUGCUGCGACAACUAGUAAAUCUGAACACGGAGAAUACAAAAGGGACGUACUCUGUAUUCUGCAUGAAUCUGCUCCCAAUUUACCUAUUACAUCUGCUGAACUUACAGAUCAGUUGCGAAAAAAUUUAAGUGCAGAUGUCUCAUAUUCAGAUAUUAAUAAAAUAUUGGAGAAUCUUGCUGCGCAGGAUGUAAUUAAAAUCAGAGAAGUGACAGAAGAUGGUGUAUUUGGUUACACAAUAUUGAAUGUGUCUGAGGCUCAAUCCUCAUGCCAAUCACAAUCGGAGGAUGUAGAAAAUCCAGGUAGCACAGAUACCUCUGCAUCUGACCCAAAUGAUAAUGCUACUACAGAGAAACAGCCAAAGUUGGAUAGAAAAAAUACUGAGGAUAUAAUGUCUUUAAUCACAAUGCCAACUAUCAGAGAAAAGGAAAGUAAAAAAGUUGGUGAACAAAUUCUUGACCUUCUUUCGAAACAGACUUCCAAGGAAAAAUCUCUUGCCGAACGUUUUCGUUCACAAGGAGGAGCACAGGUCAUGGAAUUUUGUCCUCAUGGAACUCGUGUUGACUGUGCUAAGCUCAACGGCAGACCCGGGUUUGCAGAGAAAUGUAAGAAACUGCAUUUCAAAAAAAUUAUCCAAAGUCACACAGAUGAAUCUCUUGGUGACUGCAGUUUCCUGAACACCUGUUUUCAUAUGGAUACAUGCAAAUAUGUCCAUUACGAAGUUGAUGCUCCCAUGUCCCAACCAAGGGAACAAAAUGAUACUGAGGAUACUAAUGGUGGUCCAAUCAAUAAAGUAACAAAUCUCGAUAGUAAAAAUGGCAGUGCGAACAAUUGUGGCAGCAGUGGCGUAGGAGUCGCUGAACUGACCCUUUAUCCUCCACAAUGGAUUCAAUGUGAUCUUCGAUACCUAGACAUGACAGUUUUAGGAAAAUUUGCUGUUAUCAUGGCUGAUCCACCUUGGGAUAUUCACAUGGAACUACCAUACGGAACCAUGUCGGAUGAUGAGAUGAGGCAAUUAGGAAUCCCUGCUCUUCAAGAUGAAGGACUUCUGUUUCUCUGGGUUACUGGAAGAGCUAUGGAACUUGGCAGGGAAUGUCUCCAACUUUGGGGAUACGAUAGAGUUGAUGAGAUUAUCUGGGUAAAGACAAACCAGUUACAAAGGAUUAUUAGAACUGGUAGGACAGGUCAUUGGCUGAAUCAUGGAAAGGAACACUGCCUGGUAGGCAUGAAGGGAAAUCCUCGUAUUAACAGAGGGCUCGACAGUGAUGUCAUAGUAGCGGAAGUUCGUGCAACCAGUCACAAGCCGGAUGAGAUUUAUGGAAUCAUUGAACGGAUGAGUCCUGGUACCAGAAAAAUCGAAUUGUUUGGCCGUCCACAUAAUGUUCAACCAAAUUGGAUAACUUUAGGUAAUCAAGUCGAUGGUGUUCAUUUAAUUGAUCCACAACUUAUAAAGGCUUUCAAGAAACGAUAUCCUGACGGCAAUACCAUGAAACCUGGUAAAACGUAAUUGUAUUCGAGAUGAGAAGUGAAUGAAUUAUGCGUGAGCAUGCCUCAUAAAAACGAUAUUUACCUCACUAUCGAGUUUCUAAUGUGAUCUCGUACAAAUGGCGACCACAAAAAAGUGGCAUAUAAAAUCUACAAAAUAAAUGCUUUUAGUUAUACAGAAUUUAAAACAGUAGUACAUACAAUACAUUAGGUAAAAAAUAGUUAUGCUGCAUAUACAGUCUUCUUAUAAAAAAUAUUUAAUACUGUA